AUGUUAGGGGUAACCAUCCCCCCGACACAGGUGUCGCUGAGUUCCCGCGAGGACACCAUUCCCGCGGGAACGAGCUGGGGCGAACAGCUCGACGCUGUGGCCCCGCUCACCGACCCCGAUGACGACGCUAUCAGCCUAAUGGCCGAGCAGUGCGACUUCGGGGCGGCGGACUUCGAGUCCGGGGACGAGCCCGUCAGCCUCGGCUCCGACGGAGAUGAGGAGGACGACGGGCCGUUUAACCCCUCUCCGGCUGCAAAGCCGAUGGCGGAAGACAGCACGCGCAGCGGGUCCCCAAACCCGGCCGCCUGCAUGGAUUUGCACGCCGUCUGCCGCAGAGCAGCUGCAAAGCUUGGCAUCGCGUGGCCUGAAACCCCCGCCGAGACCACCACGUCUCGUUAUGAGGGAAAAAGGCUCCCGAAAGCCAAAGCCGCGGCCAGACAACUGCUGCCAGUCUUCCCUGAGUGCCGGGAGGAGGCGACCCGGUCGUGGAGCAAUCCACUUACUGCCAAAAACCCCGUCCAGGGAGGGUCGGCGUUAGACUGGGACAACAUGGAGGAGAAAGGUUUUUCCCACCUUCCCCCUGUUGAACCUCUCGUGGCAUCUCACCUCCACCCCAGCCUGAAAUCCACCAUGACGGCAGCGGGACCCUCCCUGCCUUCCAAGGCCGAAUCUUUUCAGUCUUCCCUGACUGAAAAGGGCUACAAAAUGGUGGCGACAACGGUGAGAGCACUGAACGCUUCUUCCCUGCUUCUAGCCUACCAGGCUGAAUUGCAGGACGAGAUGACGUCCUCACCUGCGCCAGACCUGUGGGACGAGCUGUGCGUGGUCACCGACCUCUGCCUCCGUCUUCACAGGAGCGCUGUUCAGGCUUCGGGACGAGCCAUGGCUCUCAUGGUUGCCCAGGAGAGAGCCAGGUGGCUGAACCUGUCCAGCCUCUCCCAAAAAGAGAAGGCGAACCUCCUCGACGUGCAGGUGGACCCAAAGGGCCUGUUUGGCCCAGCCGUGGCCACCAUGCAGAGACGAUGCGAGGAGAAGAAGAAGGAGGGAGAAGCACUCCAACUGUGUCUCCCCAGAAAGAUGCCUCCCCCUCCUCCUACUGCACCCAGACAGACUUUUGCGCAGGCCGUGGCCAGGUCGGCCUACCGGACCCCAAAACGUCAGUCUCAGCCGACAGGCCGUGUUUCCAACAAGCCUCCAGAGCUGAAAGGUGCUUGGCUGAAAAAGCCUUCUGCCACCAGUGUGACGUCAGGGGACCAAGCCGGCCCUCCUGCCACUCUGGGGGCCAAAAAGAAGCGCCGCGCCACCAAGAGCGCAGCCAUCGAGGGGGGAAGACGGGCUCCGCCAGACGCCAACGUCGUCCCUCCCGAGGGGCCUCUAGAGGGAGCCAUUGCUCCAUCUAUGAGGAAGCAGGCCAGCACACCUGCUGUGGAAAGCAGAGCUGCUGUACCGCUGUCCGCCUCUGUCCAGCAUGGCGCUCACACAGAAUCCCCGCUCGGCCCGCUAGCGGUCCGAGCCCAGCAGUGGCGGGCAUGUGGAGCAGCAGAUUGGGUAAUAAAGACCGUAACCAGAGGUUACAGGCUCCAAUUCGCGUCCGCUCCUCCCCGGUUCAACGGGAUAUUGCAGUCGCUGGCUCGGGGAGAAAAAGCUCGUGUUCUGCAGGAAGAAAUCACUUCUCUGCUGAUCAAAGGAGCUAUUGGAAUAGUGCCGCUGGAUCAGAGCCAGUACGGUUUCUAUUCAAGAUAUUUUCUGGUCCCGAAGAAGGACGGGGGGUUACGGCCGAUUCUGGAUCUGCGCUCUCUGAACAAGUACAUGAGAAAGUACACGUUCAGGAUGCUGACGCAUGCAGUCCUAAUCCGCCUCGUGCGUCCAGGCGACUGGUUUGCAUCCAUAGACCUGAAGGACGCUUACUUUCACAUCCCUAUUUACCCCCCUCACAGAAAGUAUCUCAGGUUCGCCUUUCAAGGCGUAACAUACGAAUACCAGGUGCUCCCAUUCGGGCUUUCCUUAAGCCCGCGGGUGUUUGUCAAAUGCACCGAGGCGGCCAUUGCCCCCCUGCGGCACAGGGGCGUGCGUGUGGCAACUUACAUCGACGACUGGCUUCUCAUGGCGCAGUCGUCACACCAGGCCCAGGAGCACGUGAGGCUGCUCACGUCACAUCUCACUGGCUUGGGUUUCACAAUAAACCGGGAAAAGAGUGUUUUGACACCCACUCAGAAAAUCCCGUUCAUUGGCCUGUCACUGGACUCAGUUGCGUUCACGGCUCACCUGUCGGCGGAGAGAGUGAAAGCCUUUCAGGCUUGUCUGGCACAAUUCCGCAGAGGCGCACUUCUGAGGUUCAGGACGUGUCUCAGACUACUAGGACUGAUGGCAUCAGCACUGGUAGUUCUUCCACUUGGCCACUUGUACAUGAGACCGUGUCAGAGAUGGGUGACGUCACUGAGGCUGAACCCGGCGCUCCACGGUCGCCGUCACGUUCUUGUUUCCUCCGCGUGCGCUCUGGCGCUGCGCCCAUGGAAACGCAAAGGCUUUCUCACUGUAGGCGUUACCAUGGGGACGGUCCUGGUGAGGAAAGUGAUCACUACAGAUGCCUCUCUGUCGGGCUGGGGAGCCACGCACGAGGGCAGGAUAGUGAAUGGCACAUGGAGCGCGCAGGUGCGCGGGAUGCACAUAAACUGCUUGGAGCUCCUGGCUGUCUCGCUGGCACUGAAACACUUUCUGCCUUUCCUGAGAGGGCAGCAUGUGCUGGUCAGAACGGACAAUACCACGGUGGUGGCAUAUAUCAACAGACAAGGGGGACUGCGCUCGCAUCACCUUCACAGUCUGACACACAGACUGAUCGUGUGGAGCAGCUCCCACCUGUUAUCGCUGAGAGCGACGCACGUCCCCGGCAUCCUGAACCGGGGGGCGGACCUGCUCUCCAGAGGGAAUCCUCGCUACAGGGAGUGGAAACUCCACAGCGAAAUAGUGACCCAGAUAUGGCAGAAAUAUGGACAGGCAGAGGUGGACCUCUUCGCCUCGGGGGAGAACGCCCAGUGUCCCCUGUAUUUCUCCCUGUUGGACCAGAGUGCUCCCCUGGGUCUGGACGCUUUGGCACACGAGUGGCCGCGCGUCUUGCUGUACGCGUUUCCCCCGUUAGAGCUGAUCACUCCUACGCUCGCCAGGGUGCGGCGGAGGGGGCUGGCUCUGAUUCUGAUAGCUCCGCGCUGGCCAGGGAAACACUGGCUGUCGGAGAUAUUUCAGAUGUUGUGCGGUCAACCUUGGCCCCUGCCCCUCCGCAGGGACCUUUUGACGCAGGCACGCGGAGAAAUCUUUCAUCCUCACCCGGAGCGCAUGGCGCUGUGGGCUUGGCCCGUGAAAGGUUUAACCUGCUGACAGGUGGGCUCCCGCAUAACGUCAUCGUAACUAUUCAGAGCGCCAGAGCCUCGUCCACACAUCGUGCGUAUGAGGGAAAAUGGCAGGCUUUUGAAAAA